AUGGCACAGUACUCUGGCGUUGCACCAGUAGCCAACCCCGUCGCAAUUAUCAGCCCUCAGUACUGCGCUCCUUACCCUAUUGAUCUUGCAAUUGUGAGAAAGCUUAUGACCUUAGCUGACGGCAACUUAGCUGUUACCGAUGUCAAUGGCAACAUAAUUUUUAAGGUUAAGGAAAUCCUUCUAACCUUUCUCCAUGAAAAAAAGCUCAUACUUGAUCCUGCUGGAAAUCCCAUUGUCACACUACGACGCAAGGCAAUGACUGCACAUAGCAGAUGGCAAGCUUUUAGGGGAGAAAGCACUGACCCCAAGGAUUUACUUUUCAAUGCUAAAACACAUUCGAUGAUGUAUUUGAAAACUAAAUUAGAUGUGUUUUUAGCAAAUAACAAAGAAGAGAAGGUUUGUGAUUUCAAGGUGAAAGGAAGUUUUUUUGAACGCUCUUGUGUUGUUUACGCUGGAGAUGAAGAUUCUACCACAAUUGUUGCACAGAUGCAUAAAAAGCACACAGCUAAAAGUAUUUUUCUAGGGAAGGACAACUACACCGUGACUGUAUAUCCCAACAUCGAUUAUGCAUUCAUAGCUGCCCUUAUUGUGAUCCUGGAUGACAUCAAUCGCCAGGCAAGAGAAGCUUCAUCUUCUGCAAAUUAA